AUCAGUGGUGCGUCGUUUUCGUACUCAUUGUAGUCUGCUUCCGUGUUACAUGGAUAAAACACGCAAAGUGUACCAAAGCGUCACUGCCGUUAGAAAUUUGGACAAUCAGCUGACCUUGGAUCAAUCUCAGUAGACCAACACCAGCAUAUCCAUCAGGAUACGUGGUCCAGAAGUUCUUCAAGUGUUGAAGACCAGAAUGGCGAGCUGUUGCCAACAUUGGUUCAGUCUUCACGUUCUAAUUCUGGCAUUAUUCCAGGCGCCAGCUGACGCAUACUUAUCGGUGAACUUUGCGUUCUACUGCCUCCAAGAAGGCCGUCCGGCAGUCCUUCACCUCCAGUCGAAAGGUCCGCGGUCAGCAGCCUUCGUGGAACUAAACGUCAGGUCGCCGUAUACACCCACGAGGGAUCGACAGUCCGGUGCCGCAACAUGUCGAAUAGAGGUGACCGCACCUCUUGGUCACGAGAUCACAGUGCACCUGGACCACCCAAAGCAGUUCUUUCCACACAGAUCAUCAGAGAAGCGACAGGGCUCUUUGCCUUGCUUCCUCGAACUAUCUCACACCGAUGGCACCGAGGCGCUACAAAAAGAAGCUGUCAGAACCUUUGACCUUUGCAACGGCAGUAGGAUGGCAUUCGGCACCCUCUUCAUGGCAAACCACCUCACCCUAACCUGGGUCCCGCCGGAAGCUAGCCUCGCUGACAAAAUGGUAGCCAAGCGCCUCGUCAUCACGGCUGUCGGUAAAAGUAUGGAUGUCUGCAACACCAGACAUCGUUUCUUCUGUGUAGAAGGCUGCAUUUCUUCGGAGUUCGCUUGUGACGGUUACAACAACUGCCCUCUUGUCGCAGACGACGAGAACCCUGCAGACUGUGAAGCUUCAGCAGUCAAACGAGGGUUGUUGAGAGACCUGGCCUCCUCCGAGGAAGGACGUCAGUCAGAUCCUCGCAAUUUUAUACAGACGAUACUGACAAAAGCUGUGUUGAAAACCUUGAGUGAAGACAAGUCUGGGAAGAGAGACCUAACUUCAACAACGACGUCUAAACCUGGGCAGAAUAUACAGUCGGGGUUUGAACUAACAUCCGGCAUGUUCAGGGACGUGUCGGACAUGAUACUGAAGAAACUGUUAAGCAAGGCCAAGGGAGUUCAAGUGACCGAACCCAGUAACUUUACAAUGAAGACUGCGACGACUAAGCCAUCGUGGUCGGACGAUCCGGAAGAUCCAACGGUACCGGCAGGUUUGGCGCACUAUGGCCCCUGGGGAUAUUUGAUGCUGGGAAUGCUCAUCUGCGGGGCGAUUCUGAUGCUCUGCGGUCUCUGGGAGUGUUGUUGCCGGUCCUCGAAGCAUCGACUUCCAGCUGGAAGCCAGGUCAGUACGUCUGCAGCAACCACCGUUUUCAUAAUCAACAGUACUGGAAACAUUGGAGGCCACAGGAGGAACAGUGCAAUUCAACAAGAUGAAGCACCUCCCACCCCAGGACCCCCAUCAUAUGAGGAAUUGGACCAACCUCCACUUUAUAGCGCUCUGUUCCCUGUAACAAAACUUUCGAACACGGAAGAAAACGGUGUGAUCAGCGGCCAACAUAUCUGAACGUGUUCACAAGUUCGUGAAUGUUGAAACUUGUGUCCAUCCAUAUAGGAUGGUGUACAUCUGAAGUACUCAACUUCUGCCAACGUCUUCAACUUGUCACGUUUACAAAGGACACUUGAAAUUAAUGAGAUUAUGCACAAUUAACUUCCACUCAGGUUAGGUAAUGAACCUCUUAUCAUUUCUACGAAAUGUUGCAUUAACGUUUAAUUAAGUCGCAUUAACUUCUGUUACGUGGGAGAAAAUUUGAAUCAGUGAAAAGAUACAUUUAUUAUUAUUGAUAUCAGCAAUGAGAGCAGUGCCUUUAUACUUUAAGAAACACAACUUUAAAUUUAUUAAAAAGACUCUGAAGUUUAUGUGAUGUUGUUUACUGGUUCUCAAAAGUCUGUAAAUGGGGGCUUACGUACCUGAGUGCUAUAUCUAUAUAGGGGCCACCCAAGCAGAGAGCUACUAUGCCUAUACAGAUGUUUGCAUACCUGAAUUGUGUAAUGGCCACACAAAUGCCUCAUUACAUAACUGACGUAAAGAAUA